AUGAGUAAAGAAAAAUUAUAUCACGAGUUAAAGCAUGUUUACGGUGAGUUAAUUCCAGAAAACGUUUCUGUAACGAGUGAAGACUUAAAAGAAAUGAAAUAUACAGAAAGAGUCAUUCAAGAAACAAUGAGACUGCUUCCUCCCGCAGCGUUCGUUUUACGACAAGUAGAAGAAGAUCUUGAAAUAGGUGACUACACAUUACCGAAAGGUACCACCGCUUUGUGCUUUAUAGCAAAGGUUCAGCGCGACGAAAAAUAUUGGCCUGAUCCACUGAAAUUUGAUCCUGAUAGAUUUCUUCCUGAAGAAGUCGCAAAACGGAAUCCAAACUGUUAUCUGGCCUUUGGUACUGGACCAAGAAAGUGCAUAGGAUCUACACAAGCCAUGAUGGAGAUGAAGACAUUUGUAGCCAGAAUUCUUCUUAAAUAUAAAUUAAAAAAGAAACACAUUCAACCAAUCAUAAGCAUUAAGCAAAGAGUUGAUAUCUUAACUCAUCCUGUUGAACCAAUUACGAUAGAAAUUGCGAAAAGAUUGCCAAAGACAUCCAAUAACUAAAUUUUAUAAUGUUAAAUAAAUAAAAAAUCUGGAACUGAUAAAAA